AUCGUUCCCCAGGCUGGGCACCUGCUACCCGAGCCCACCCCGUGUCGGCGCAGGAGAGCCGAGGGCCUCGCAGCGCCCUGCCCGGCCGUGCCUCCGUGCCGGGCGGCCCCAUCCCGCCCCGCCGAGGCUGCCAGGAGCCGCGGGCCCCAGGCGCAGCCGCCAUUUGGUGCCCGCCGCCGCAUGCGCGCUCCUGCGCCAUGGCGGCCAUGGGCGCGGCGCGGGGGCUGCGGGGGGCCGGCGGCUGGUGGCAGCCGCUGCGGGCGGUCCCGGGGCUCGCUGUUUGCAGGCAGAAGUCAUCAGUCAGCUUUUUGACUCGACCAGAUCGACCAAAUCUAGCUUAUCAUAGACUAAAAGGCAGGAAUCCAGGGGUUAUUUUCCUUCCAGGCUUUAAUUCCAAUAUGAACGGUCAGAAAGCAACUGCCCUUGAGGAUUUCUGCAGCUCUCUAGGUCAUGCCUUCGUCAGAUUUGAUUAUACAGGAUGUGGAAGUUCAGAUGGUAACUUUGAGGAGUGUACAAUUGGAAAGUGGAAAAAAGAUGUUCUGUCUAUACUGGAUGAACUUACAGAUGGACCACAGAUUCUGGUGGGCUCCAGCCUAGGUGGAUGGCUCAUGCUUCAUGCUGCAAUAGCACGCCCAAAUAAAGUAGCUGCUCUGGUUGGAGUAGCCGUAGCAGCAGACCAUCUUGUAACAACCUUUAAGAGGCUUCCCAUUGAGGCACAAAAAGAAAUAGAAGAAAAAGGUGAAUGGAAGUUUCCAACAAAGUAUAAUGAGGAAGGAUAUUACUCCGUGACAUAUGACUUCAUUCAGGAAGCAGAAAAUCACUGUUUGUUGAACAGUCCCAUUCCUAUAUUGUGUCCUGUCCGGCUCAUUCAUGGCAUGAAGGAUAGUGAUGUCCCCUGGCAGAUCUCUAUGCAACUCGCUGAUCGUAUCCUGAGCAAAGACGUGGAUGUCAUCCUCCGCAAAACUGGCCAGCAUCGAAUGAGCGAGAAGGAUGAUACCAAACUUCUUGUGAAUACUGUUGAUGAUUUAAUUGACAAGUUGUCGACACUAGUAUAAGCUGCAGAGUAGCGUAAAGACACAAACUCUAUACCUGACUCUUUUCCAUGAAUAGCAAAAAACCCUGUUCGUAACGAGAUGAUGCUAGGGCUGUGACAAUCACAGUAGGAACUGAGCUUUACCUGCUGUUUGCUUACCUCUGUUCUGUAAAUACAGGUGUUUUAUUAAUGCUGCUUUUGCACAGAUAGUCCAAAGUGUGAGGAAGUGCUGCUGUUGGGUUCAGAACCUCUACUUUACCACUUGAACCUUUUUUCACAGAUUUCUUACCCUUUUAUACUGAAAUGCUCAUUCAUUUUUUGUCCUGGUCUGUACAGUACAGCUUCGGUUUCCCAUGUCUGAUACCUUUUCACUACUGUCCUUUUGCUGUAAGUUUCUUGUGUUCUGUCUGAAACUAUCUGUGUGAGGCAAAACACAAGUGUUUGCUAAAGUUAUUGUUAGUAGAAAUAGCAAACAUGAAGCAUAGCAAACAGAUUUUCAAUAAAUGAUUAUACUGUUCUUAAAUAGUGUUGAAAUUGUAAAAAGGCACACCCUGGUUGUGUUUUUGGGGUACUACAUAAGGAAUAAAUUUAUUUUGGAUUACUUUAGAGUUUGGAUUACUUUACAGUGCAUAGACAGGAAUCCCAUAGUUAGUGUUUCAAGAGCCUAAGAAAACACAGGGCUCAAAGUACAGGUAGAACUAAAAUAUGCUCAUCAGCAGUGUUUAUGUCCUCUUCUGCAGGAUUUUUGUAAUACUUAAUUUGUGGGACUAAUGCUAAAGGAAUAAUAUGUUCUUUUGGUGUAAAGACAAGUGAAAUUGGAUCAUUAUAAUAAGUCAUUUACUCCUUCAGUAACUUCUCAAAAGUGGGGUGUACAGGACCAUAGGUUGUCAUUGCCUCUUUCCUGUGAUGUGGGGACUGAAAGUUGUUAGGAACAGUGUCUACCUGAGUUGAAAGCUUGAGGAGCACAAUUGCAAGCCUGAGCAUCUUGCAGCUGAAACUUGAUAGUUGGAUAACUCCUUUAACAUAAAUCACUUUGGAUUAAAUAGUAUACAGAUAGAAUUGCAAAUGUGACAAUUAGCUGUUUUUGUCCAAAAGUACGGUGUCGUUCAUAUGUUAGGAAGAGAGUGAGGAGUUUACGUAGAUGAGAGACUAGAAUUUGUUCAGGCUGGCUUUUAGGUGAAACAUCAGUCAAAAGUAUUUAGUAGUUUCUGGCUUUGCUAUUUUAAUUAGGAAGUGACAGCAAUAUUGAUACUUUAUAAGGCUAUGGCUCCCACAGACAAGGUAUUUCUACAGGGUUUGUAUUUUUCAGUGUUAUUAUUGGCAGCAGAAGUACACUGUAUAGAGCAUUUGAUGGGGUACUAAAAAAAAAUAAAAACAACACCUGAAUUUCAGAUGACUUCCUAUGACUUUCUAUUUAGGCUUCAACGCUAAUAAAAAAAAAAAAAACAAAACAAGAAGCUGUGAUGUCACUAAUGAUAAUAAUAAUUCCAGUGUAACAAUACCCUAACUUAGGUUAUCUAGCUCAGGUUACUUGACUGAGGAAUUAUAACAUUCCAUGAAAUUUUGUUUCCAAGUAUUUCUGAGAGGACUAGACCUUUUUUCUGCCUGUAUGAAUAUGCAGUUCACAACUUUCUUCAACUUUGAAGCUUUAAAACCUCUUGAAGACAUCCUUCAAAAAUAAUUAAAUAAUUAAAUAAAAUAACUUAAGCAAAUUGCUCAGCCACUUCCAUUCCUGAAGAUUGAGCUAUAUUUAUAUGUAGUCAUUCGACUGCUGCUUAUAAUAAAAUCUGAAAAGUAAAUUUUUGUAAGUUUUAAAGACACAAGUAAAUCAGAAUUAGUUUAUUUCAAAAUUUUCUGCUCCUAGCUUUCCUAUGGCAUUUUUUAAAAUUAAUUUCUCUCACAUCUCUUAGAUGGCUUUGUCUCUAGGGAUUAAGAAGUUGAAAAAAGUGGGAUGCAGUAAUUCAGGAAUAAAUGCUAUCAAGUAAGGCCUAAAGUUACCAGUUGUGAUAGAUGUAUUUUUGUUCACAUUUAUUUUUUAAAAAACUUAGUAACUGCAAAGUUACUUUUUCUUUUUUUUAUUAUUUUAAUUGGUCAAGAUGUAUUUUUGUUCACAUUUAUUUUUUAAAAAACUUAGUAACUGCAAAGUUACUUUUUCUUUUUUUUAUUAUUUUAAUUGGUCAAUUUAUCUAUAGUAGUUCAGACAGGGAAAGGUCUUUAUAUGUCUGCAUAAUUUGGCACUAUGUAACUUUCUUGGAAUAAUUGCAUUGAAAUCUUUCAAAGCUUCACUUUAGCAUUUAUUAAAUAAUUAAUAUUUCAUGGGUGAGGCCUUUCUGUUGGCAGUGCCUUAGAGUAAGAUAGCUGAAAACGAAGUGGAGGAGUUUGGAGCUGUAGUUUUUUUGUUGUUGUUGUUGUUUUUCUUCUGUUAUAACAGCAUUUAGGUUGGGAUAAGCAGCCUAAGUUGACACAAUUGUCGAGGAUACAAAACUAAAGCAUCAGUUGCUCAAACCUCAGCGUUACCAAAGCUUAAUCGUAGGCUGUUUGGUUUGGUUGUGCUAGUUAUAUUGUAGAUCUUUGUUUUCCUUACUUCUUCACUUUCUAAAUGGAGAUGAGUGAUAACAUUUACAUGACAGUUACAGCCAAAUUUUGUUACAUAUAGCAUAAAUGCAAAGGCUGAUUAUACUUUCUUAAUGACGACAGUAUUUGAGGUGAUAUAUUGAGAUUCAGUGAGUGCUAGUGCUCUUCUUUGUGCUCAGUACUUAAUAAAUUCAGUAUCUGAUCCAAAUGUUGGCGGUUUCCAAUGUGAACAUGAGGAAAAUGGCUGUGCCUACAAUGAGAAGUUCCCCUAGAACUACUAGGCAAAUUGACAGGAAGAAGUAUGUCUGUGUAAGGUCUACCUUGAAGCCACCUCUUCAUAUUUACAAAGUAUUGGUACUUGAGUUGCAAGUACAGCAUUUUCCUCAUGUUCAUGCUGGGUACUGCCAGCAUUUUGGUCACUGCCAACUUGAGCUCAAAUGCCUGUAAGAAUAGAUAGAUGAUAACCAGUGUGCUCCAACAUGUUCUCUGUUUCUGUGCUGAUGUUGCCAAAGCUGUUCUGCUAAUUGCAAUAACAGAAUGUCUGAAGAAAACUGAUGUUAUGGCACAGCUUUCCUGCUUUAGCACUCCUGAAACCACAGGGUUUCACAUCCUACUUGUGACCAGCUCUUGACCUAUCAGGAAGUCUUAAUAGUCUUGGGUAAAGUAAUAUUCACAGGUUAGGGUGUUGUUCUGAUCUUGUGUGGUACCAUGUUUGUCUCCCAAGUUACUGCCUGAGGCAUCUCCUUCAUUUUUGUCAUUAGAUGCCUGCAUAGUGAAUUCUUUUCAAUGUUAGUCAUGUUUAAGAAUAAGUAUGUCUCUCUUUUGUGGAAAUACUGUAUUAAAUUUGGGUGUUAUAUAUUUGGAAAGUUUUGCGUAGUGCAAAUUAUUAGGAGACUUUGAAAUGAAUUAUGUUCUUGGUUUAUUGGUUGUGUUUUUAAUGGACAUCUGAUUUUCUGCCACAUGCAAAGGGUAUUUUAUGAAUAUGUAACAUGUAUUUCCUCAGCAAUAAUCUGCGUUUGCACAGAAUGACUAGAGUCCAUGCUUUCAAAUUUUCCAAUAUAAGCAAUUCUACCUUGUGGUGCUUGGGGGAGUGGUUUUCUCUGCGUACCUUAAUCUAUAGUUCUUAAUCAUUUUCAUGAAUGCGCUAAGCUUAAGUUCUUAGCACUUUCAUGGUCUUGCACUUUUGGUAAGUCUGAAAAUGAAUUCUGGGCUCACGUGUCACUGAGUGUCAUAGGGACAUGUUGGGACUGACACUGCUCUCAUGGCAUGUGGAAGCUCUAGACACUAACUGAGCAACUCACCUGAUUCUGUUGUUGGUUUUGAUCAAACAAUACUAGUUGAGUAAGCACCUGGAGGUAUUUUUCUUACAUGCAAAGCUCAGACUCCUGCCGUGGAGUUAAUUAUAGUCAUUCAAGUUUCAUGAGUAAAUAACCAGGCCUUUGCAUUAGGCACAGAAGCUUGGUUACCCUAUAAUACCAAAGAUGCAAAUGAUAUAUUUAAUUAAAAAAAAAUAAAAAAGCAGAAUCAGAUGACUUCAACUGUCCCUGGACUUUAGCCCUUAGCACCGUUUUUUGUUUUUUUCAGAUCUGUUGCAAGAUCUGUGAAACUACUUGAAAGUUGUCAAACAAAGUUUUAUUUUGCCUUCUAAAGGGAAGAAAAUAGGCAUUCUUUUGCACGUAUUUGGAAUCAAACUGCAAUAGACUGGUAUGCAUUGAAAGAGUCUAUAAAGCAUAUUAAACUAAUUUCCUAAUAA